ACUGAGAAGCAAAAGUAAGAAUUAGACUGAGCCAUUAGAAUAUCAAAAUGUUUUCUUGUAUGUAUUUCAACUGACAACACAGAGUAAACAUGGGUGAUUUAAUGCUAAAGUGUUAGUUUGUAUAUUCCAGUGAACUCUCUCUAUAUAAUUGUAUACCUUGCAGGAGUUCUUGUUUACCAGAUAACCAGCAUCAAAAUAUCAGCGAUAUCGACACGUUGUUUGUCUUUUAUGGAAACCUGCAUGUCAGAGUCAGAUUUCUGUGAGAAGACAACUCUCAGAAACAUCUGUAAUCCUAAAGAAAGUGAAGCCCGAAGCAGCUCUUUUACUUCCAGCUGGAAUCCCAUGCAGGAACCACAAAUUAACACCAGAGACAGCUGUCUAUCUGCCCUUGAGAGUUGCCAAAUCUCCCACCGCUGCGCGGUUGUGUACAAAAAGUUGAAGGACUCAUGCCAGACAAGAAAUGACCAGUGCAACUUUCCAGGCUCUGGGGACAGCUGUCUAUCAUUGUGGAUGGAGCUUCAGGGCACCUCUCUGUCUAACUGCACAUGCUCCCUGAGGAGGAGAAAGUGCCAAGGGAUAUGGAGGGGUGUAAACAACAACCCCUGCAUUCGCAAAGCCCUCGAGGCGUUGAGUUCGAUGGGCCUAUCGGACAUAAAGGAAAGCUCAGAUAUGAGAAACAAGUUGUCUGCUAAUGUGCAACAGAAGAGUUUAUUCCUGGACUGGAAAGCUAGCAGUCUGAAAGAAUUUGUUCAUGAAACUGGCGGCUCCUGUCUGCAGCAAAUGACAAUCUGCCUCAGCGAUGAGGUCUGCAACAGGUGGAUGGUUCCUCUCGUAGAGGCGUGUUCGUCGAGCCAAUGCAACAGCACCAGCUGUCAGCAAAUGGCUCAGCAGUUCUACGCUGGUCUUCCGUACAACGUUGCCCAGAUGUUUGUCCUCUGUGAUUGUGAACAAGGGGAUCAGGACUGUCUGCACGUGAAGAAGGGUCUGCACAGUGGCACAUGCGGAGAACAUUUGGAGGAGGCCAGGUUGCCGAUCUGUCUGGAAAUCUUUGACAACUGCCUGAUGGAGGCAAACUGCAGGUUUGUGUUGAAAAUCCUGAAGAGAGAAAAUAAAUGA